UCCUGGCGGCUGCUGGGGGCGCGGAGCACCAUGCCUCUGCCCCGACGCCACUCCUCCUUCCUGGGACAGCCGUCCUCCGAGCGCCCGGCCUCCGCCUCCGCUGGACGGAUGGGGGGGACCGCCGCCCCCCGGGGCGUCUGCGUGGGUUCUGCCCCCACGCUGGGCCCCACCUGUGGGCUGGGGACGCGCGUGUCCCGCAGGGCUCUGGGCAUCAGCAGCGUGUUCCUGCACGGCAUGAGGAGCAGCACCGCCCCGGUUCUGCCCCGGUCCGGUGACCGGGCCGCGGGGGGCGGAGCCCCGGCGACGGGCCUGAACGGCUGCCUGAUGGAGUACAGGGACAAGGUGAGAGCCCUGGAGACCCUGAACCAGCAACUGGAGGAGCAGAUCCGCCUCUGCCUGGACCGCAAGGCGUCCAGCGCCGGAGCCUGGGGACCCCUGAGGAGGGACUGGGAGGACAUCUACAGACAAGUCAGUGAGGCCAUCCUGGACAACGCUCGGCUGAUGCUGCAGACGGAGAACGUCCAGGCCAACGCUGAGGACUUUAGGGAGAGGUAUGAGAAUGAGCAACCCUUCAGGAGGGCGGUGGAGGAGGAGAUCAGCUCCCUGCACAGAGUGAUCGAGGAGGCCAACAUGACCAAGGUGGAACUGGAGGAGCAAAUGGAGAACAUGAGGGCUGAGCUGCACAGCUUGGAGAACAACUAUGAGCAGGACGUCCACGCGCUCUACAACCAGAUGGCUGGACGGGAGGUCGACGAGCCCGACGCCCCCACCCAGACCAGCCUGGACCAGAUCCUGGCCUACAUCAGGGGCCACUGGGAGAAGGUGAUGGAGAGGAACCGGGCUCAGACUGACGGCUGCUUGGAGUGCAAGGAGGCCCAGUGUGUGGGGAGCAGGCUGAGUCCUGAGGAGGAGCAGGUGGAAGCCCUGAAGGCGGAGUGCAGCGAUGUCGGCUGUAGGAUCCAGAGUCUGCAGGCUGAGACGGAGUCCAUCAGAGCGUUGAAACGAGGCCUGGAGAACUCGCUGGGCGACGCCCGUCACUGGCAUGGCGUGGAGCUGCAGAACCUGGGCUCGCUGGUGGCCAAGCUGGAGGCGGAGCUGAACGACGUGCGGAGCGAGAUGGACCAGCAGCGGCGGGACUACGACACGUUGCUGAGCAACCGGCAGCGUCUGGAGCAGGAGAUCCGUCUCUACCACGGUGUCCUGGAUGGAGAGGAGAGCCGCCUGCUGCCAGCUGAUGCUCCGCAGUGUGAAGCUGCUGCUGAGGCCAGGAGUGAAGCCCCUUCCCCGCCAGAACCUUCUGGACCAACAGCACCACCACAGUGAUGCGCUGAGACAUUAAGUUCUCAGCAGCUUCCACUUCUGGACCUUCAGGUUUCAGAACCUUCUUCUUUCACCUGGACCAGCGGAACGGGUCACUGGCAGACCCGAUGACCCGCUGAGGAGGAGAACCAUCUCACCACCAUAUUGGACCAGACGGCCUCUAGAACAUGUAGGACAUGUGGCUCUGUGCCACCAGAACCACCUGGGACAAACUUGGACCUGGUCCAGAUGGGCCUGUUACUGAAAUCCAACACAGGAAGUUCAGGAUGUGAUGCAGUGUGAAUGUGGUGUGUUUGAGGACACUAUUUGGACCUCAGAGUUCUGGUUCUGCUCCAGGCUAGAGUCCAGUGACCCAAAAUACUCAGAGUACAACGACCAUUUCCUGUUUUGUUGCCUUCAAAAUAAAACUGAAUAAAGUGAA